GGCCGCCCAGUGGGUGCCUCCUGGCUCCAUGGACAACAGCUCUUCUGCUGCUGGGGCCGUGCUCUGGCCUCUCGUCACACACUUGGCAAUGCAAUCAGGUGAUGUGGGACUCAGGCCAAGGGAUGCCCACAUUCUUGUACCUGCAGACCUUCGAUGACCAGAUUUGGGGUCAUUAUGACAGCAGCACAAGGAGGGUCUUGCCGCGGGUCUCCUGGAUAAAGAAGGCCGAGGAGGAGGACCCCUCCUUCUGGGACUGGAACCGCGAGAGGGCAUCGAGUGCGGAGGUGAAGCUGAGAGGUGACCUGCUGCUGCUGAAGAAGCACCUCAACCAGAGUGAGGGCAUUCUCGUGUGGCAGCGGAGGUGUGGCUGUGAGCUGUACGAAGAUGGGCGCAGCCGAGGGAUUGACCGCUAUGGCUACAAUGGGAGGGAUUUCCUCAGCCUGGACUUUGAGACCCUCUCCUGGACAGCUGCCUGUGAGGCUGCCAAAGUGAUCAAGAAGAGGUGGGAUGCUAACUGGGCAUAUUCCCAGGCUAGUAAGGACAACCUGGAGGAAUGCUGCAUUCCAUGGCUGCAGAAGUUCUUGGGAUAUGGAAAGGAAGUUCUUCUGAGGAAAGAGCACCCAACAGUGAAGGUGUCCCGUAAGCUGGGAGAAGAUGGCCUAGAGACCCUCAUCUGUCAUGUCCAUGGCUUCUACCCCAGGGAGAUCAAUGUCACCUGGAUGAAGGAUGGAGCAUUCUGGGAGCAGGAGACCCUCAGUGGGGGUGCUGUCCCCAACUCAGAUGGGACCUACCACACUUGGAUCAGUGUCAAGACUGACAGCAAGGAAAGAGACCACUAUCGGUGCCAUGUGGAACAUACCAGCCUAGUGGAACCUCUUCAGAUGUCCUGGCAGAAGUCCGACACCACAGAGUUCCUUGUGGGACUCACCUUCGGGCUUGUAGCUGCCAUACUAAUGCUGAUCAGCUUCGUAUUUUACAUGAAGAAACAUCAGGACGACUUCAAAGCAAAAUCAAGUGAGUGA